GUUGCUAUUGCCGUCAAACAAAUUAAAGGUAAAUAACAAUGUGGUUAGCAGUUUUGUUUGGAAGCUUAGCCGCUUCUGCUGCAUUUGGCUUCUACGUGCCAACAUGUCCCGAAAAUGGUUCACCGGUGUGCGCGACGAAUGGUCGGGCGUAUCUUUAUUUCGAGAAUAAAUUCAAACUGGAUGCCUAUAUUUACAAGCAAAGGCUUUAUGACAAACCGCUCCCCAUAAGAACAGACAUUGAAAACUGUUUGUCCAAUUGCUAUGAAAUUGUCUGCCCGGCGAUAUUUCAGCCCGUUUGUGCACAGCAAGUCCCUGUAGGACCUGCUAGGACGGUACCGAACCCAUGUCAUGUGGACCGGCUGAUUUGCCAAACUAAGCAAUACUGGAAAGUUAUACGUGAAGGGCCUUGCUUGCCGGCGUAUGCUGUCUUAGCGCAAGACGACCAAGCCGCAGAUCUUAUUCCUACUUAUGCCCCUAACUUUGUUGCUGAUCAAGAUCAAAUCCCAACACCAUCUUUAAAUACAGCUUCGCGUCCAUGUUAUAAAGCUCCAGAUCCUAUUCCUAUAGCACAGAAUACGACAGGCCAGAGUCCAGUAUUAACUAUGACUCAACUAUGAUCAAGAUUUUGAAGUAGCAAAAUCUACUCAGGCCAAGGUGAUGAUUUCUCAACUUCAGCUCCUGCCUCUGUUACCUACAAUGCGACACAAUUAUCAUCAACAGAUCGGCAAAGUCAAAAUCACACAACCUCUACUACUUCUGUGACAGACCAAAGUCCAGUAGCAGGGCUAUCUUCAGACGCAAAUGAGGAUCAAGGUUCUGAAGCACCAGCAACUUCUCCGUAUCCUUAGGUUGCUUCUGGUAAAAGUCUUGCAUCACUUUCAUGCGCAGCAGAGCGUUAAGAUCAAGGCUCCACAGCCAGAGUUCACACUAUCGUGCUUUAUCUUGCAUCAGACCUAAACGCAGUAUGAGUACAAGCACCAUCUUCUUAUUCAGUUCCAGUACCGUUUGCUUAUUAAACUCAAGUAUGGAUUCUAGUUCUUUACCAAGUAUCAGAAUUAGCUGCGUGUUCCGCGCCAGCAUCUCUGUUCCCUAUACAAUGUACGCAGCUUCCAGUCAAGAAGAAGAACCCGCAAUACUUCGCUACGCGGUACCAUCCCGCUAUGUGUCAUGCCCUACCUAUCACCAACUUCAGCUCUUGUUCGUUUGCGAACUUCAUACCCAGUGUUAACUGUUUUAUUUUACCAAGUUCCACAACUAGUUAUUACAUCUACUUCUUAUCCGUCAUCAAGUACAUAUCCAGAACUUCAGAUGCCUUCGCACCUACAACUACGAACGAGUUGUAGUACCAGCUCCUUAUAAUGGAAUGGACUUUUCGAAAUAUGUUCACUUCAUUCAUACAGAUUUUUAAACAUAAAGUAAAUAUAAAAUUAAAAGUAUAAAAUGUACAUAGUAAUAACAAAUAAUAAUAAAAAUGAAAAUAUUAAUUUCUUGA